UUCAGCACAGUUGGAAUCUCCCACGGGAGAAUGGAGCAGGAGCGCGCACGGCAGCGAGACGUUUGUAAAUGAAUCAUUUUGAUUGGGCGAGAGCGCGCCUUGGAAACAAGGGCCGUGUGUUGAUGCGCACGGCAGAACGUCCAUUUCGAGGAUGAAUCAGAGGGGAGCAGCAUCAGCAUCAGCAUCCCCAUCACAAUACGAUCCACGGCAUCAGCCGCUCCGACUGCCUAUCACACCCUGCGAAGAACGAAAAUAGGCGAAGCGGCGCGCGGUGCCUUUUAAUUUUUCCUUUCUCCAAGCUCCAUCUUCCUUUGAACGUGGCGAGGAACCAUAUCGGGCCGGGAGGGGGAUGGUGGUGAACUUCAAAUGGAGACAAGAUGCUGGCAUUUCCCCCCAGCUCUUCUUGCUGUUUUUAAAACACCAACCUAAUGGAUUGUUCUGAGCUCGGCGUUCGGGAUGGGAGGCGGCGUUGGAAUAUGUCGACGGGAAGAUGCACAAGGAAAUGAUGUGAAAGCCUCGUCAUGAUGCCUCUGAUGAACAAUAAACAAAACUAUAGGAUUGCGUCCGAAUCCAACUUCCAGCUCUUUUGGAUUAUGUUUUUAUGCUGAAGGAUCGUCCGACGAUGACUGUAUGUGGCAGCGACGCUCUGAAAUGCCAUUUUGCAUCUUCCUUGUCUCUCAUCCGCGCGUCCAGGCUUUGGAUCGCUGGGAGUUUAUGAAAAUCACAUCUCUUUAGAGCUGGAACAAUGCAUUUUUGCAAUACCGUAGGCUUUUUAUUGUCAUGAUCGCGCCCUAUGAUGAUUGUAACAGAGAAACAACAUCGGCCCUAACAGGCACAUACAUGCCAUCAGAGGGAAAAUAACAAGCCCUGAGAUUUUCUGACCAAUUACCUUUGCUUUGGACACUUUCCUCUGAGACUUCAGGGUAGCAACUGCGUUUCUGGCGAAUAAAAUAUUAAUAAUAGGCCUGAUCAAUAACAACAACAAUAAUACUAAUACUAAUAAAAACAACAGUAAUACUGAUACUAAUAAAAACAUCAACAAUAAUAAUAUUCACCUAUAUAUAAAUUAAUAAAAAUCAAUCACUCCUUUCGUAAACAUUACAAAAAAAAUCACUUCAGCCAUACGACAUACACAUGUAGUCAAACAUGUUCAAGAACCGGAUCCGCAUGUUUUUUAACGAACUGAAGGUGCUGGUUUUCAUGCGAUCCGGUUCUAGACGGUCCGACAGUGACGCAGAGCCGAACAGACGAUCCAACAGCAUGAGGGGGCUCGGGAUGGGCGGCUGCGGAUGGCCGCCCUUCGUCGACUGCUCCAGCCGCGAUGACGAGGAAGAAUACUACGGGAGCGACCCCAGGCCCAGGAGUCUGGCGUUCGAGGAGAAAGACCCGAAACUGCAGGCGGGCCUGGACGCGGUCAGCCUCUCCAGCAGCACGGGCAGCGGCAUGAGAACACCUCAGUGUCGAAUCUGCUUCCAAGGGCCCGAGCAGGGGGAGCUGUUGAGCCCAUGCCGCUGCGACGGCUCCGUGCGCUGCACCCAUCAACCCUGCCUGAUUCGCUGGAUCAGCGAGAGAGGCUCCUGGAGCUGUGAGCUCUGCUACUUUAAGUACCAAGUCCUGGCCAUCAGCACCAAGAACCCGCUGCAGUGGCAGGCGAUUUCUCUGACGGUGAUUGAGAAGGUGCAGAUCGCCGCCAUUAUCCUGGGCUCACUCUUCCUCAUCGCCAGUAUCUCGUGGCUGGUUUGGUCUUCUCUCAGCCCGUCUGCCAAGUGGCAGCGCCAGGACCUGCUCUUCCAGAUCUGCUACGGCAUGUACGGCUUCAUGGACAUUGUGUGCAUAGGCCUUAUAAUCCACGAGGGCUCAUCCGUGUAUAGAAUCUUCAAGCGAUGGCAAGCUGUAAACCAACAGUGGAAAGUAUUGAACUAUGAGAAGUCGAAGGACUUGGGAGACCCGGUGAGCUCCAGCAGUAAGGCAGGCAGUCGCGGCUCGCGCAGCAACCCGCACGGCCUGGCCAGCGGCAGCAGGGGGGGCCAGCGAGUGCGCAGGUUAAGGACUAUCCUCAACCACCACUGCGGCUACACCAUCCUCCACAUCCUCAGCCAGCUGCGGCCCAGCGACACGCGGCUCGGGACCGCCACCAACCGCGAGGUGGUGAUGCGCGUCACGACCGUAUGAGGUCGGACCGAACGCGUUUCAGGCUCCAAGCGCCUUUUCCUGCAUAAUACGAUGCCGGGACGAUGGCGUAACGACUUUUUCGACGAACGGGAAUGCACAGGAACAAUGCGCGGGACAUUGGCGCCAUUCAUUCCUGGGGUUUCUAUCGGCGAGACUCUCUCAUGAUCUAGCACACUAUUGCAUUUUUAAGUUCGAUUUCCUCGCUGGUGUUGUUUUUUUAUCGAUACGGUUUUUAAAACGUUUUGAUUUUCUAUGGGAGAAUGGUACAUGAAGUGACACCGACGUGUGAUGUAUAUGGUGACUCUUACGGACCUAUUAUUGUAAAUGAUGUUUACGGACGCAGCAAGAAAGGCAACCAUAACCAAACGAUCACGACACAAUAACCAGGGAAACGAGAUGCGAAUUGUUACAUACUAAAAUAUAUCAAAGGGGAGGGUGCAAUAAGACAUAAUAAGAGUAUACAGAGAAUAAAAAGACGUAAACAUUUAAAAGAAUUUGAUCUUCUCUGCAAUAAAGAUACCUGUACAUUUUACAGUGACCUUUGCAUGAGGGUAGAGUUUUAUGCCUCCUCGACACAUGGACAUGAUGAAUUUGUUUUAUUCAGAAUGGUGCUCGUUUGAAUAAACACUACUAUUCAUCU